AUGAAGUUCUUUGAAGUCCUCGUGCCGUUGGGCAUGAUCGUCGCAGGUGCUGACGCUGCUUUCUGGAACCCAUUUAUCCGAAGUCCUGAUGCAUGUUAUAACGCUGUUGCGCAGCCCAACAAUAAGCAGCGUACCUCUGACUGCAAGGCAUUCCUUGUCACUACAAUAACUCCCAAGAAGGCCACCAUUUACAAAACAACUACAAUCACCAAGAAGACUCCAACCGUCAGAAAGUCAAUCACCGCUACUAGUACCUCGUCCGCCAUCGCUACGAGCGUAAGCUCAGUCGUGCAAACCGUUACAGAAAACAUUGUCGUGACGCGGACCGUGGAGCAAACCAAAUUCGUAACCGAGCAGGCUACAGCGACAUUCACGACCCAGGAUGCCAAUGUCAACCCGCCUUUCAAGCACAAACGCUCUGCACCUCGCAUCCCAGAAUACCUCGACAACAUAUGCACAAACUCCGCUCAAUACUCAUCGGCUUGCUCCCGUAUCGGCGUCACUUCCAAGACAGUCAACGGCCCUCGGGUUACUAUCGUCUCCAAGAUAAUCCGCGUGAAGAUCCCACGCGCUACAACCGUCAGGACGACGGUCGACACCACCUGGGUUACUCAGACUGUUAAGACCACUGUCGUCUUGAAGACCUACAGCACGGAAGAAGUCACGAAGACUAUCGAUGUCGUCACUGACGAUGUCACCAUCGCUACCGAGACCGUCACCGAGACUACCACAAAGACCGUAAUAGCCGAGCCACUCCAGACAGUUCAGUUGAUUGCAAUUGGUAGCAACGACCCCGCGCUGGCAGUUUCAAACGGGAUUGGCUUUACCUCCCUUGAGUCCUCGCAAGGCACCUCAUUCUACUUGGACUUCAAAUCUGAUCCCUCCAGCCUUCAGCAAUUUAGCAUAAAUAAGGGAACUGGCGAAGUGAAAGCACUCAACGGACCUGGCGCUGCACCUGGCCAGUCUGCUUCGUACAAUUUCUAUCCUGGAAGUGGAAACCCCUACGGUGCUGUCAUGAUUCAGGGCCAAGGUGCGCCGCCUUUGGUUUGCAAGGUCGCAGAAGGGGCAGGAUAUGAAUAUCUACAGUGCAAAUUCGGAAGCAACCAGAUCGCCGACUUUUGGACAUGCAAACAGCGCUUGAUAUUGGUCUACCCAGGAUAUGACUUGUCACGCUGUUAUAUGGAUGGCAAUGCUUACACGGGUUACAAGAUUCCUAUUAUUCGAGUGUCAACCGACUAA